AUGGGUAACCAACAAGCUAAUGUUGCAGCAUACAAUACAUGGGAUCUCAAUGCUUAUUCACAAAUGACUGGUCUCUCACCAGCUCAAAUUCAACAACUUGAAAUUGCUUUUAAUCAACGAACAGCUGCAACUGGUGGUCGAAUGACCAUUAAUGAAUUCAAAACUGUCUAUGCAAGUAUCGCCGGUUUAACAUGGAAUUUUAAUGCUGAUGCUGAACGAAUCUUUCUCAUGUUUGAUACUGAUGGUAAUGGUGUUCUCACAUUCAAUGAAUUCCUUAUGGCUUAUCUUAUGUUACAACGUGGUGCCAAUCCAGUUCAACGAUGGGAAUAUCUUGUUAAUUAUUAUCCAGUUAGUCGACCAGGUUAUCUUUCAGCUGUUGAAGCUGAAAUGUUAUAUAACAACAUGCAACGAUUCUACGGCUUUCCAGCUCAACAAACUUAUUACACUACAGCUUGGUCUCAAUUAGGUGGUGCUACAAGUGGUUAUGUUCCAGCACAACAAUUUGUUCAAGCUCUUGUACCAUUAAUUCCACAAAAUUACAUUUGGUAA